ACUUCUUAUCACAACUGCAACAGGAGCCAAUAAGAGGUUUUCACAGAAAUUACUGAUGGGCCCCUCUGUUAACCCUGUGAAGAAUGUGGUGAAUGGAUUAUCAAAACAGGACCGCAGUGGCUUCUCUUUAUUCUUCUCAAGUGUCAGGAAAUCUUUAUCAGCACUAACUAGCACCAGAGGUCACAUACAUUUUGUGCUUCACAGCAAUUGUUGGCAUUCGCAGACUGGAAGAGGAACAGGGAAGCUCUCACAUUGACCAAUGUCAACCACCGCUAUGGACAACUCAACCUUACCUGGCUUAGAGGCAGCAACUGCAAGUGGGGAUGCUGUUAACCCUUUAGGGAGUUCCAAUGGCAGCUUGUCCGAAACCAGUGCCUGGGGCAUCAGUGGCAGUGGUCCGUGGCUGUUGGCGUGCAUGUUAUCCCUCAUCAUCCUGAUGACGGCUUGUGGCAACACUCUGUUGAUCGCUCUGGUGUUUGCCCAACGCUCCUUACGCAACACCUCCAACUGUUUCCUGGUGUCUCUCUUCCUGUCUGACCUGAUGGUGGCUCUGGUGGUGAUGCCGCCGGCAAUGCUCAAUGUGCUGUACGGGGCCUGGGUGUUGUGGCCGGGCUUCUGCCCCGUGUGGCUCUGCUUCGACGUCAUGUGCUGUAGUGCCUCCAUUCUCAACCUCUGUGUGAUCAGCCUGGACCGCUACCUCCUCAUCAUCUCGCCGCUGCGCUACAAGCAGAGGAUGACCCCUCCUCGGGCCCUGCUUCUGGUGGGAGGGGCCUGGGGUCUGGCCGCCCUCACCUCCUUCUUGCCCAUCAAGAUGAACUGGCACAGCUUGGGUCAUGGGAGUGGCCAUUCCCCAAUGCACGGGGCUGGCAGUUGCUGUCUGCGGGUUACCUUUCCUUUUGCCCUGGUGGCGUCAGUCCUCACCUUCUUCCUACCAUCCAGUGCCAUCUGCUUCACCUACUGUCAGAUUCUCCUGGCGGCGCGGAGACAGGCGAGGCGGGUGGCGGCGCUAAGUCAACCUCCGUACCCGCACCAUUCGCCUGAGGAGCCUUCUCACCCUCCGUCACCAGGUGGGGGCGCCGCCGGACAUGCUCACCUCGAAGGAGAUGACUACAGUCAUCAGGAGAACCCUGUGUCACGCCAUGUGCCGGUGAGAGCGUGGGGUGGUAGAGGAAAUGAAGGGGGAUACAAUGAGGCUACAUCCCAAUGCUGUAUAAUCCGUCCCUGUAUGAUCAGUUUGUCGGUGAACAGCGAGCGGCGGCUGGCCCACCGGCAGGGACGGAGGGCAGUGAAGGCCAGUCUGACCCUGGGAGUCCUGCUGGGCCUCUUCUUCAGCGCCUGGCUGCCCUUCUUCAUCACCAACAUGGCCCAGGCGGUAUGUGAGUGUGUUCCCCCGGCGCUCUUUGACGCCAUCACCUGGCUGGGCUACUGUAACAGCACCAUGAACCCCAUCAUCUACCCGCUGUUCAUGCGUGACUUCAAACGGGCCCUGGGGAGGCUGCUGCCCUGCUGCUCCACCCACUCGCCCCACAGACCCUCACUGGCGCUCUCCCUCUCCCUCCGCAACUCCGGCGAGCCCAACCUGCCCACGGAGCCCCCCUCCCUGGCCUCCGACCCCCCACAGCUCCCCGCCACCGCCACAGACGCCGUCAACCUGUUUGACGACGACCACGCUGGGAUUGAGCUGCCCCUGCUGUUGCCCAAUCAGGUGGACACGCUGGACUGAAGGGGAGGAUGGAGAGUAGAGUGUGAAGAGAUGUUACAUACUGUAACUUAUUACCACCAAGGGGAACUUGGCUGAGGGGAAAGGUUGGAGGAAGGUGUAAUGUUAAACUCAUCAAAGCAGCACUUGUGGGUGGUAGCAAGAUGGAAAAAUAAUCUAGACUGUGCAAUUUAGUGAGCAUACAGGGCAGGAGCGGAUGAGAGAGAGCUAGGUGCUGAGAUUCACUGGGUGACUGCAUUAGAUGACAUCACUGUGAUAACAAUUAUAAAAAAUGCCAGGGACUCAUUCAUGCUGCUUUGUCUUCAUAUCCACAAAAGUGGGAGGAUGGCUAUAAAUAGUAUUGUAAUUAAAUGUUUUUAAUUAACAUCCUGCCUACAUUAAAAUUACAUUACUUUAACACACUAUACAGUGCAUACAUUAUUCAUCACUUAUUAGGCUGCCAUAGUUAAAUACAUCUAAAAGCCCUAAGGGGUUCACACGUUCAUGAUUAGUUCAAUUAAGAUGUUUUUCACUGGAAGUUGCCAUUUGUGUCCACUGAUGUCUUCACUGAGUGUUCUGGCACCUGAGUGUGCUGAGAAGCUAAAGGAGGUCUGUCCACAGACAACUGUGAUGUUGUUGGUAAUUCAAGUUGAGAAGAGGCAGAAGAACUGCAGUUGGUCCUAUAACCUCCUAUGUUCGCCUGUUUGGUUCCAUGUGUUGAUGCGUUCUCUCAAACUCGAGAUGGGAAGCUGCACCGUUGUCUUUAUGGGCGGCAUUCCCCUCAGAACUAUGUUGCAGGUUACCCUGAACACUAUGUUUUCGGAGGAGGAAAAGUGGGCUUUCUGGACAUAUUUUCAAACCUUCGUAGAUGGAAAUGAAAUAUGUAUACUGUGGACUUGAUGUAAUAACUGGACAUUAUUUGACACUUUAUAGAUUUCACGUUGUGUAACUGAAGUUUUGUUGUGAAUAA